CACACACACACCACCCGGUCACCACAGUCACCACUCCGCCGAUUGUGUUGCGCACCCACCCACCCACCAACUUCCCAACUCGUCUCGUGUUCCGACAACCCGUUUCGUCGUUUUCCCCCGUUUCCAUUUCCAGGAUUUGCUUCCCAAACUGGCAUCCGACCAUCCGACAAACCGCCCAGGAUGGGGCAUGCUUGGCUCGACUCCCUCUCGGAGGACUGGCCCUCCCAGCCUGGCUCUCUGGCCUCGGACGCGUCCCAGUUUGCAAAGAAGCUGGACAGCCAUCGGCGGUCACAGUCACAGUCGCAGUCGCAGUCGCAGUCGCAAUCCCAAUCUCGACCCGCCACCGCUCACAGUCGCACUUUAUCCCAAGCAGACUCCUCAACUUCCCAAAGCAGGAAAAAACCUCCAAAGACCCCUCCGAGCCGAAUCCCUAGACCGAAUUCGAGUCGAACGAGUGCCAACAACAGCAUCCUCCCCGAUGAUCGCCGCAACAGCAACACCGCUUCCAACCCUGCAUCGCGCCGUGGCUCGACCAAGUCCCUCGGCGAUAGAGUUCGCGACCGCCAACGAGCCAUUGACGCCCGAAGUCGCACCGCCUCCGUAGCCGAAUCCGUCCAGUCUGCUGGCUCCGUCAUCCACAACACUGUUAAUCGCAAGGAAGUGAAUGGCUCGCCAGGGAGGAAACAGGAUACUCCAGAGUGGAAGAGACGUUUGGUAUACCGAGAGCUUGAUUAUGGCGAAGCACCCGACUUGUUUACUUCGGCUGGUGCAAUCCUCGAAUCCAUCUUCAAGCCACCACCACCACCACCACCUCCUCCAGCUGCGUCGAACAUGAAUGCGGCGGACGCGCAUACGAAUGCGGAUACGCGAAACGGCCGAGGUUUCGAAUCCCAGUACGAGUCGCCAGCCGAGUCCCAUGUCGAAAUCACGUUGCCUUCGAGCCCGCCCUUUCUAGGCAGAGAACGGGACCCUUCAACCGUCGAGAUACAUGUGGAUGAGUCUUUCCAAUCGCUUCCCCCAAUACCUAAGGAGCAAGAGGAGGAAGUCGAAGAGGAACAACAAGAGCAACAGCAAGAGCAACAACGGCGCACAAUACCAGAAAUACGGUACCGACGGGCUACCGAUUCCACUGACCCCAGUCAAGGAUCCGAGUCCAGUUUCCGCGCCUCGACUAGCCAGCAACAGACCUACCCCAAGGUCCGGUCAGGCACACCAUCCACCUCUGCCUCGUCCCAUCUUGGAAACCUCAGCGCUGGAUCGCGUCAGGCAAGCGGCCAGAGCGUCUUGCGCCAUGAGGAUUUCAGCCCGAUCCUACUCACUAUGCACGACGAGGGCGAGGGCAACUCGAGUUUUGUGCCAGAUAUUUCCCCAGACGAGCUCCGACACCGCCUUGAAACUCUUAGAAAGAAUCAGUUGCGCAUGGCCCGUUCCGGCAAGAGCGAUUCCGGUGGUAGUGUCUCUGGGAAGAGCGAGUCUGGAAAGAGCGAGGCUGAGGCUGCAGAGACGGGUGGUUCGUCAAGAAGCGACAACAAAGCAGGCGACACUAGCAACACCUCCAGGGACUACGAAAAGCUGGGAAGCUACAUCAACGUCAGAAGAGGUGGUCGGUCUGCCGACGGAUCAUUCCAGAACCACAUGUUGAGUUCAGCAUUGAACGAUAUCUCGGAUCUCAAUCCAGAGGAGUCUCUUCAAGCUAGCACCCCCAAGCGCUUUCCCUCGGUCAAGAUCGAGAACUGGGAUGACUACGAGCACGUUCCUGCACAGGUCUCUGGCCACAUCUCCGACGAAAUUUCUCCCCGCACCAGAUCUGCAGUUCCCCGAAUCCCUAAUCUCAGCGUAUCCACGAAGCGCGUAGCAUCUUCGCAGCAAGGGGCCGGCAGCCCUUUGAAGCUCUUCCAGCCCUACGAUACCUUUACCAGCGAGAUUCUGCAAAGACGACUCAGUCAAUAUCACGACGACACCCCGGGUGAACAGGCUUCUUCUGGACAGCAAACUGGAGAUGAGUCUCCAGUACACGUUUCCUACAUGGACUCUGGAGGCUAUUUAUCACCACCCAAGACCCACACGCGUCGAGGACAGGAGACGGGUCAACGCAAGGCCUCGGUUGCAGUCAACCAAUUUGGAGCUGGGGUCUUGGAUGGAUACGAGUUUCAGGACGAUUUCUCGUACCAGUCGGUUGGCGCAUCCGGCAUUGAGGGUGACAAGGAAAACCAGGGUCCAAAUGACGAUUCUCAGCCAGAACCCCGGAUCCCUGUCUUCGACUUCAGCCGUCCUUCUUCGCGCUCUGAAGCCGACGCCGGCGACGACGCUGAUGCAAGCAACUCUUCGGUGCGUAGGAAGCGCCAAAAGCCCGCUGACUCGGCUUCAUCGAAGCGACAUUCCAGGAUGGGGUCAAGCAUGGCGCAUAAGAAACGUCAUGCUUUCACCCAUAUCCCCGCUACGUUUGGGACGCCAAGCAAGCGACGAUCAGACCCAGCCCCCGAGUUCAAGCGGCCGCGCACUUCUCCGUCAAAGGAUCCGACGCCUAAACGACGUAGGACUCUGCAUGAGUCGGACAUCGAAUUUGGACUGGAAGACAUCUCUCCCUCUCCGGAAACGCAGUCCAUGAAGCUGUCGUACCAACAGAUACAGGCUGCUAUCGAGAAGCGGCGCAAAGAAGUACACGCUGAAAAACAUCGCGAACAGGUUGAGCCUGGUACGCCCUCGGGCAAAGAUGUGCCAAGACCACGCACGCCGACACCUCUCCAGAGAUCGUCUCUGCAGAAGGACGGAAAGAAGGGAAGGCCGCCUUUGACGGAGCUCAUCACAAAGCCAUCCAGUCGUCCUACUAGGCCGUCAUCCAAGGCGUCUUCUAAGGGCCGCACGCCCAAGGAACAUGGCGGACCAGGGUCGGCAAUGAACACCGACCGCAAACCUUCCAUCAAAACCGAGGAUUUCCUCAUCGAAGCCAACAAGAUCAUGGCCAUGAUUCGCAAGAAUGCCGCCAGCGGUCUAACUAGUGUUGAGGAGUCGGAUGAGUAUGAUUCUCGCCAUGAUGCAGAUGGGGAGAGCUCCUAUGAGGAGUCCACUCAGGAAUCGUUCCUGCGUCCGCCCAGCCGCGAGGGACGCCCGCCUUUGACGCGCAGAUCAACCAAGCAGGAAGAUCCCGUCCUUGCAGAGCGUCUCAAGCAGUAUGAGGAAGCAAGCGAUAUGGGCGACAUCAUGGGCUCGUCUCUGCGUUCGGCUGCCCUGCACCGGCAAGGCUUUGGUACUGUACGGCAGGAUGAAAAGCAUCAUGCAGGCAAAAAGGGUGGACCCGUGUUGCCCAACUUUAGGGACGACGGCGUCAUCAGCGAUCCGCCAAACAUUCGCAUCUCCUGGAACCCAGCGCUCAAGACCAAGCUGUCGCAUGAGAAUGUGGAGGAUGGAAGGCAUACCCAGUCCGAGUCUGAUAACUACACGGGACGGUCAUCUCACACUACCUCGUCCAAGGGCUCCGAUAGCAGAAAGACGAUUGCGCCGGAAAGUGUACUGCAUCUUAUUCCAGACCGAGUCGGCAACAUGGUGCUGGACAGGGAAAGAAAUGUGUGGGUCAGGAAGCGUCCAUCUAACGGGUUCAUGGGCAGCAGACAAAAUAGUUUCAUUGCCUCGGAGGUGAGCGAAGAUGACCCGUUCGCUGACAUUCCCGAUCUCACCGUGGACAUCACGGAGGAAUUGGAAAAGUUGCGGCUUACGACCAACCAACGGGGGCAGGAGCACGAGCACGAGCAGGAUGAUGUCGACCUGGACCAACCAUCGGAUGUCGCGGCACCUUUUGGCGAUGACGAUUUCCUUAACUCGGAACCGCAGUGGCAGCCAACCGGGAGUCGCAAAGACUCUGACACGUCGAACCCUGGCAAGAAAAACAAGCCAACCAGAACUGACGAACAGCGCGACGCAAAGCCCUCGUUGCAGUCACCCACCACGGCGGCGGGCACGGGUACAAGCAGCACAGGAGUCGAUGUCGAACAUGAAAUUGGGAUAUACGAGGACCGAGUAAGCAACAUCCCACAAGCAGCCCGGCCCAGACGUCUCACGAUCAGUUUCUCAUCACCUAUUGCGUCUAUCAUCCAGGACAUCCAGGAAGUAGCAGACGACGUUGACUCCGAUGCCGACGCCCCGAGCGCGCUAGGACUAACAACAGGUGGGGAGGGCAACAACAACAACAAGCAGCAGCAGCGCAAGCGUAGCCUGCCACCUCUGCCGCCCAGAGGUUACACCAAACAGCAACAACAGCAGCACCCGCAACCCCGAGGCCGCGGAGCCGUCUCCAAGCUGAGGAACGACGUUGUGUCUGGUUCAGCGUCUAGGUCACGCAGCCGUUCACGAGGUCCGCCGCGUCACUUGUCCGUCAAAGGCCAGACGUACAUGGCAAGACCUGUUUCACGGAUUGACGAGCAUGAUGAAGAAUCCAGUAAUGCUAAUAAGAACAGCUUCCCAUUUCAUGGUCAUGAUCAGCCGUCGUUAUUAUCGCCACAACCUCAGGGCAUGGAACUCAGCAUCGUUGCUGCUGAUACAUCAAUGGUCAACCAAGACGACCACGAAGCUCAACAACACAACAGCAUUUCCUUCCUGGUGGCAACACCCGCUCACCAUCUACGACCAUGCUCCAUGUCCGGCGCUGACCCGGCUCACAUCAUCGGCCAGUAUGUCGGCACCUUCUCUCUCAGCCCCCUAUCGGACUUCACCAUCCACCCUCCCGACGAGUCGUCAUUGGCUCUUGAAGCAAGUUACGUUAUUGGCAACCACCACCUCGUCACCGGCGACCACCACUCCCGUGGCCGCUCUAUGUCCAUGUCUACCCGUGACCUCGUCGCCAAGCUCACCGAAGUCGAGCCCUUUGAGCCCUACUGGGAAGAUAUGCGCAACCUCUGCCUUGCGCACAAGCGUUUGGAAUCCCUGCAUGCUCUCGAUGAAUUCUGUGGCCGUCUCGAAUCCCUAGACGCUAGCCACAACGAGAUUAGAAACCUCACCGGCGCUCCGUCCACUACUCGCUUCCUCAAGAUGACCAACAAUCAGCUCUCAAGCCUGACGGCGUGGGGACACUUGACUAACCUGCAGUAUGUGGAUAUCUCCAACAACCGAUUGACGAGCUUGAAUCCGUUCAAGCAGUUGGUGCAUCUGAGGGAGUUGAGGGUGGACAACAACCGCUUGGAAAGCUUGGAGGGGAUCAAGUUUCAUGAUGGGUUACAGGUGUUGAGGGCGAGAGGAAACUGCAUUGAGGAGGUGGACUUUGAUGGGGCGAGGCUGGUGCAUCUUACCGAGUUGGACUUGAGGGAUAACAAGAUUAAAAGGGUGGUGAACCUAGACCAGUUGCCGGUUUUGAGCUCGCUUAACCUCGAAGGGAACCAGAUUGAGGUGUUUGAGGUUGGCUCGCCGGCCGCACUUACCUCUGGUUCCUCUCCCGUUUCUGAACACGGUCAGGCCGUUAGUCCGUUGAGGUACCUCCAUCUCAACGAUAACUGUCUGAGCCAUCUGUCCAUCCACCACCUCCCCCAUCUACGACUCCUCCAUGCCGACCGUAACCGCCUCGUCCGCAUCCACGGCUUCUCUCGCGCUCGCCAUCUUGACUCGCUCUCCCUUCGCGAGCAACAAGGGCCCGAACCUCUCGACCUCGACCACCUCCUCUCUCGGGCCUACGAAGUCCGCAAACUGUUUUUGUCUGGAAACUACCUAGGCAGCACCACCAACCCCAAGGGCGUCGAAGAGAGUGGUUUUAACCCUCCCAUCGAUCUGCUCAACCUGCAACUCCUCGAACUAGCCAACUGCGGCUUGACCAAACUGCCCGUGGACGUCGGACAGAUGAUGCCCAACCUGAGGGUUCUCAACCUCAACAUGAAUGCGCUUGAGGAUCUGUCGCCAUUGAGACAUGUACCGCGGUUGAAGCGGUUAUUCAUCUCCGGGAACCGGAUUAGGGAUCUGAGUUCGCUAGUUGACGUCCUUGCCAACUUUUCCUGCCUCACAGCUGUUGAUUUGCGAGGAAACGGACUGGUUAUGGGGUUUUACUCGCCUGUUCAGGAACUUUGUAAAGGCAACACUAGUCUCGGCGGCAAGCAGGACAAACCCACCACCAACGCAGGCGAGGAUGCACGGAAGGGACAGGAGGAAGCAGAUGGUGGUGGCCAGGAGCAGGAGGAAAACCACGAGAAUAAAGACCAGUGGACUCUCCCCCCGCAAACGCUCGCUUCCGAUAAAGCGUACGCGUCGAGACUCGAUCUGCAGACCAAGAUGCGGCGCAGAGUCUACGACCAUUUGUUGGCCGAGAAGUGUGCAAGGCUGAAAAAAGUGGAUGGUCUCCCGUUUGAUCGCGAUCAUGUUCUUUCUCUCAGGGACGAAGUUUGGAAAGCGUUGGUUGCUCGCGGGGUGUUUACCGUCCCGGGUCAGAGUCACGGUCAGAGUCACGGUCAGCAAUCUCCAGCGGGCGCGAAUGCGAAUGCGGCUCCUGUUCCGGUUUUGGGUCAGCUGUAG